UGUAACGUGAACAUCAUUUUCCAAAUCUUUUUAGCGUUGCCACCACAUCAAUACAUCAUCACAUAGCCUUCCAAAUACAUCUCUCUUUUUGGAUCCAUCCCCAUUACUUUGCCACAAACCUGUUUCUCAUCUCCGAUGGAAAAAGCUGAAGUUGUUGACGUUAAGGAUGGAACUACGGCUACAUUCACUCCUCAUCAAGAAGUUAUUGAAGCUAAAGAUGGAGAUAUUGCUGCUGUUCCUACUGCAUUUGCUGGUCAUCAAGAAGUUGUCGAUGCCAAAGAUGGAACUAUCUCAGUGGCGUCUGCAUUUCCUGGUCAUCAAGAAGCUGUUCAGGAUAGAGAUCACAAAUUCUUGACAAAAGCAGUUGAAGAGGCGUACAAAGGUGUCGAUAGUGGAGAUGGAGGUCCUUUUGGUGCUGUUGUAGUACAGAAUGAUGAAGUGGUCGUAAGGUGUCAUAACAUGGUCCUCAAGCACACAGACCCCACUGCUCAUGCAGAGGUUACAGCAAUAAGAGAGGCUUGCAAGAAGCUCAACAGGAUUGAGCUCUCGGACUGUGAGAUAUAUGCUUCAUGUGAACCAUGCCCCAUGUGUUUCGGCGCAAUCCAUCUCUCCAGAAUCAAGAGACUGGUGUACGGAGCGAAAGCUGAAGCUGCUAUUGCCAUCGGUUUCGAUGACUUCAUAGCAGAUGCAUUGAGAGGUACUGGGUUUUACCAGAAGGCUAAUCUUGAAAUCAAAAGAGCUGAUGGGAAUGGGGCGAUGAUAGCAGAGCAGGUAUUCGAGAAAACAAAGGAGAAAUUUCAACUAUACUGAAGAAUAUUCCUUCAAUUGUAAUUGUUGAUGAAAUCUAUUUACUCAACAACUGCUCUUUUGUUCUUUGCUGAUGCAUUUAACGUUUCAUAUAAAGGGAUUUGCUGUAUUCUCUUAAUAAUUGUAACUUUGUAAAUGCAUAAUUAUGAAAUGAACUUUAUUUGAGUUGAA